AUGGGACGUUCUUCAUCCGGUGGUGGAAGAGGACGUGUGACUCCUCAGAAAGUCAAGGACAAUCCAAGUUCAAAGGUUGUGAAACAUCUGUUUUCAACAAACAAUGAAAACAAUGGGAAGACAAGAUCGUCUUUCAAAGAUGCCAACAAAAGACUGAUCGACUAUGUCCAAGCUUCUGGAAUGAAGUGCUCCAAAGAAAUGGUGAAAUCGAUUCAAGAUGGAAAGUCAAUCAACCUUGAUUCAAUUGCACCAACAUUGGAUGCUCCAGUUCAAACGGAAGUUGUUGCAAGAGAGACAGACAUAGCCCAAAACAAGAUUCUCUGA